GGAAGUAGCAGAGUCACCCCACAGCCAAUCAGGUGCUACACUCCCAGCUGUCAUCUUAAUGUAGCAAAGUCGACAAUCGAGAUGGAAGGGAAUCGCAUAGACUUCUACAUCGGCCUCUCUCUGGCUGUGAGCUCCAGUGUUUUUAUCGGCUCCAGUUUUAUCUUGAAAAAGAAAGGCCUGCUGCGAUUGGCCAGAAAGGGCUCCACACGGGCAGGUCAAGGCGGUUAUGCCUAUCUAAAAGAAUGGCUGUGGUGGGCGGGGCUUAUUUCAAUGGGAGCAGGAGAAGCUGCCAACUUUGCUGCUUAUGCGUUCGCACCAGCAACGCUGGUGACCCCCCUUGGAGCACUCAGUGUACUUGUCAGUGCUGUGCUGUCUUCAUACUUUCUAAACGAGAGGCUGAACGUUCAUGGGAAGAUUGGUUGUCUGCUUUGCAUCUUGGGCUCGACGGUCAUGGUGAUUCAUGCACCACAGGAAGAGGAAGUCGCCUCGCUAAGCGCAAUGGCUGAGAAACUAAAGGACCCAGGUUUCCUUGUGUUCGCUGUGUGCGUUGUUGGAAGCAGCUUAGUCCUGAUCUUUGCUGUGGCCCCUCGCUUCGGACAGAAAAACGUUCUUGUCUACAUCCUGAUCUGUUCUGUGAUUGGCUCGCUCUCAGUGUCUUGCGUCAAAGGUCUCGGGAUUGGCAUCAAGGAGCUGGUUUCAGGGACGGCGGUGCUGAAGGAUCCCCUAUUCUGGGCUUUACUCAUCUGCCUGGCCAUCUGCGUCACCAUUCAGAUCAGCUACCUGAAUAAAGCUCUGGACAUUUUCAACACCUCCAUCGUCACGCCAAUUUACUACGUCUUCUUCACCACAUCAGUCAUGGCUUGUUCAGCCAUCCUGUUCAAGGAGUGGUUGAAAAUGAACGUCGAUGGUGUAGUUGGGACAAUCAGCGGAUUCCUUACCAUAAUUUUGGGGAUUUUUCUCCUCCAUGCCUUUAAAGACAUUACAUACAGCCUCGACUCCCUCCCUUUGUACCUGAGAAAAAGCCCUGAUUGGUUCCCAGGGGGCCAACAACCAUAUCUGGCUCUUCCUGAUGAUAUCCAAGCAGAAGAUGAGAGAAAGUUAACCAGACAUGGGGAAAGAAAGGGAGAGCCUCCUAAAUAAAAAAAAUAAAAAAAGAACCUAUGGACUUAUCUAAAACCAAACUCUUUAUGUUUAAUAGACUGUAAAGCCUUUAACUUCCUCCUGUAUGUAAGUUCUUGUUCUGAAUUGGAACAAAAUAUAUUUUUUUGUAUUUAAUAUUUUGCAUUUUAAUACUGAAAGCAUUAUCUUUUUUACAGUUUAGCAUUUUUUGCUUUAUUUAAAAAAGUAGUUGACUGCACUGAAAAGUUAAAAGAAAAAGUAGUUUUCCACUUGGUUGAGUAGUUAAGUAAUGAUCUGUCAGUGGAAUAAGAUUUUGUGUGCUUAUAACAAAAGAAUCUUACUCCAAGAUUAGUAUAUUUAUCUUUUCUUAAGCAGCCAAAGUGCUCAUUCCAUUGCCAGAUAUACGUUUGAUAAAAUGAAGGGCAAGCACACUUAUUUCAAGUUGUUACUUUUUCCCCCCCAUCUAUUUUU